AUGUACCUGCUCCCCGGCGAAGUCCCUCCCCAUCGCUCAACUCAGAGCAAAAGCUUCAUAACCAAGGUAAUGUUUUUGUCGGCUGUGGCCCGCCCACGAUGGGACGACGCCAAGGCCGAGUGGUUUGACGGCAAAAUUGGGACCUGGCACUUCACGCACGUCGUUCCGGCUGCUCCUUCGUCACGAAAUCGUCCCGCCGGCACGCUCGAACUCAGGCCUAAAAACGUGACGCGUCCUGUCUACAUGAAGAUGUUGAUCGAGAACCUCAUACCAGCAAUCAAGGACAAAUGGCCAGCAAACAGUACCCGUAGCAUCGUGAUCCAACAAGACAACGCUCGCCCACAUGUCCCGACGUGGGACGAGUCGGUUGUGGCGGCGUGCACGUCCGACGGUUGGUCCAUGCGCCUGGAGCGGAAUUUCUUGACGCUUCAGUGCUGCCUCCGCGAGGUCAUCAUGGGCGGCGGCGGCAACUCCUACAAAGUGCCCCACAUGAAGAAGGAGGCACUCAAGAAGUCAGGUCGCCUACCUGAGACCAUCCACUGCGACCGCGAUGUGUUCGACACGGGGUGUGCUUUGCUAAACGAGCAAGACCUUGAGAAGGUCAUGCAGGACCUUGCGGUCCAAACGGCUACCGAUUUGGAGAUGAGCGACAUCUUCUCUACCAUGGAAUCGAUUGGGAUCAACGCACCAGGAAGACGAAGAAGGAGUGAAGGUGAAGACUUUUUCCACGCGACGCAGAGCGGUAAGGCGAUGGGCUGUGAUCAGGAUGCCAGACGCUCUAUGGAGCAAAGGACUGUGCGAAAAGGUUCGUACUCGACACGAAUCAAACAAUCGACCAGCACCACCAUGACCACACUACCGCCGCCACCGCCCGACGGCAGGGGUCAAGCCCGGAAGAACACCAACGCCCUCGCGGCUGCCACGCAUCAUCUAGGCCGAGACGAAGCCGAGAGACGCACGGUCGCGUUCGGUGUCCUCGACUCCACUUACAAGCACGACUGGACAAUCGGCAACCAAAUGAUCUCCGAUUUGCUGCACGAUGGGCUGUCGCAUAACCAAAUCCAUCAUCUUUUGCGAGUGGGCGCGACACGCAUUCGACGCAUCGCCGCGGAGAUGGCAUCGUCAACUCAACCUUCCGCUCCAUCGAACAACGAGGAGUCGGCCAACACGGUCGUCGACGAGGAUAGCGGUAGCAGCGGCUCCGACCCCAACUACAUUCCUACACGCAAGGCCAAACGUACAGCACCACGACCUAUCGCCGCGACCAUCGCCGAUCUGCGAGACCAAGUACGGGAACUUGAAACCCAGUUGACCGCUAUGAAACACAAAGUCAAGUCCACCCAAACCAACUCCACCACUAGCCCCGUAUCUUGGUAGGACGUUGCACGAGUAAUGCAAGUGCUUAGUCGGGACAUAGCAGACCACCAGCGGUGGUGACUCCAUCAAACGAAAGCUUCCCAGAGACUCAUGUCCGUGCUGCAUGCAGUGGCGUCGACGUACUUUGUUCAGUUGUAUGUACUACUACUAUACUAC